UUGCUCAGCUCACAGGAUCCAUUCAAUCUGUGUCAUGCAGCAAGAGCAUUGCAAAUUUGAGGAUAGAGUGUAGUACCAGAAAAAAGGACAACACAGAAACAUAAUUUUCCAGGGUCACUGAAAAUCUCUGCUAACAUAAAUACUAAAUGUGAAUGUGAUUCUUGUUUUCAAUUUAGUGGAAUAUAAUUACACAGUAAAGUGUAAAAGUGUGCAAACCCAAUUCAACGACUAGAGAGAUAAUGGAAGCCAUUUGGAAAACAUAAACAGCAUUCAAUGCCUGUGAUAAGUCCCAUUUUCCAGAAAUCAUAUGAAAAGGAAGCACGUCAAUUAACAAUACAUAAUAUCCUGUGUGAAAAUGAUGGGUGUGUGUAAAAAUAGAAAUGGGAGAGAUUCAGCACACAAACCUGAAAGAUGCAGAAUUUACAUAGGCAUACCCACACACUACUAUGAGACAGAUUAGCAAACAUCAAUUUGUAUGCCAAUAUUCACCAAAUAACAUUAGUCGCGUGAUCUCAAUCGAAUGGUUAAACCUAUGAAAAAUGUCUGGACGAGACAGAAGCGGUGAUUUCAAUGAGAUUUAAUCGGGUUUCUGAAAGAUGCUACAAUUAUCACUGAUAUGUGCAAUAUUUGUUUUGUUUGCUCAUAAAAUAGCGCAAAAUUUCGUAAUUGGUAGUGAAUUUCAAUUAGAUUUUUCUAAUGUCGCCAACGCUAACGAGUUUGGUCCUAAAAUGGAAGCCUUGCUAAGACAAUCUCCAGCAGACAACAAACAACCAGUGUUUCCAGAGCGCCCAGAUGCAGUUUAUUUUGUUAUAGCAUUACAUGGUGGAGCAAAGUUAUGGGGACGUACUCUAGCGAGAACGUUGCUUGACCUGGGAGCACCUUUUUCAAAUCCGCAGGGCCCACCUUUACGACCAAUAAUCAUCGACUUACCAUCAAAUGGAAGAUAUACUUCGAAGGUUCUUUCAACACUUUGUGAUGUAAUUGAUGGUGUUCCUCUUGCUGGUAUGAUCGUAGUAGGCGAUGGUCAAGCCGCAAAGAUGAUAGCCAUGGCGGGCAGCUCUAUGAAAUUACCUGUUCUCUGGGCCAAAGGAGGAAUUGCAUCACUCCAGGGAACUUUAAAUGAGCAUAUGUCAAAAUCACAAGCAAUUCUGCAACCUUCCGCACGAGAAAUUUUGGAGGCCCUGAGAUCUUUGCUAUUACAGACGCAUUGGUAUUCCUUCUACAUCCUUUCGGAUAUAAAAACAACAAUUUUAUUGAAAAGUGCCGAAGGAGAAGCAUUGAAACGACAUCCGUUGCUUCCAACGAUUUUACAGUUGCCAACUAAUAAUGAUCUGAUAUACAGACAACUUGAAAAAGUAUCACAAUCUACCAGAGGUGUCGUAAUUAUGUUGUGUGAAUUGUCGGAAGCUCGUCGUAUUCUAGCCGAAGCUCAACGAAUGAGAAUGCUCAAUGGACAUUUCAUUUGGCUUUGGGCAGAUACGACUACGACAACGGAAUUCUACGAUCCGAUGCAAAUGCCAAUUGGUGUUUUUAGUAACGAUGCUGAAGAAGAUAUCUCUAUGCAGAUAAAUAAUCCGUUCCAUUCUGGUAAAAUAGAACUUGAAGACGAUUUUUAUGAUUCUACGGACAUAAUUCAACAGUCACAUAUUGCUGAUCUCGUAGAACGAAAAUUGGAUUUCGAGUAUUAUGAUCCAAAACAUAAAAAAAAUCGUACAAAAUCUGAAAAUGCAAACCGCUCCCACCACGCUGUUGAACUUCAGAGAAAUAUUUUGAAUUUUAAAAAUCUUGUUGGCAACAAUAAUAGAGGUGAUAAAACUAAACGCUCCGUUGAUAGUCAAGAGGAUUUAUAUAGUGAAAAUGUUAAUUUAUCCAUUAUCAGUCACUACCCCAAAAGUGAAGACCUAAAGGAACUCAAACGUACAAAUAGUUUAGAGAAAAGUGACUAUCUAAACCAAUCUAAUGGUGCUACCUACAGAUUUACUAUCGACCCACAAAAAAGAAAUCAAAACCAAAAGAACAGUGUUCAUAUGAGCCGUAGUGAUCUAGAUAAUUUAUUUGAUGUUGAGGAAAAUCUAGCGGAUUUAAAAAUGAAACGUGCCAACAGUUUUCUAAGGCAUUAUAACGUAUCACCGCAUGUGUUGUUUCACCAUUUCCAAGACUUCCCAGUAGGGCUGUUGGCGUUGCGACCAGUGAUGAUGAAAGUCGACCGUCACUUCAUACGAUCUGCUGUGCGAUUAUUUGCAUCAACUUGGGCCAAGGUUGAACAAGAGGGAGAUAGCGGCCGAAAAUUUAUGCGGAACCAAGAAAAACAACAAUCGUCGAGUAGAAAAAAUCAGCGAAACAAUAAAUCUACAAAGUACAAGCGUUCAGCGAUGAGCAUAAUGGAUCAAAUCGAUGUCAUUUCUACGUUUAACAAAACAAAAAAUGCCGUAGAAAACAAAGUUAACAAUAGUACUAUUCCAAAUUAUAACGAAGUUAAUGUUACUGAAUUAUCUACUUAUAACAAUUCUGCGGAACUACAAAAUCUGGAUGGUAGUAAAACUGAUCCACUCCUCAGUGGAGAUCACGUUUACGAAACAAAUUUCCAAAACUCAAGCAAAAGCAAUACUACCGAUAAUAGCACCAUAAAGCCAAUCAUAACGUCCAAACAAAAACGACAGCAAACCUGGUGGACUUCGAAAGGGAACAAUGAUCGUACGCGUGGUGGUGAUCGCACAAAAGGCGGAGCUCCACAGUAUCGCAAUGGUUGUUAUGGAACGGUUAGCCGAGGAGAACUGAAAAAAGCUGAACUAUUUACAAGAUAUCUACAAGAUGGUGCAUCAAAAGGCCUAACGGGUCAGGCAAUAAUGGGUGGUUUGGUGGAAAAAUCACUAAUAACUCACUUUGAAGUUCUUAAUCUAGUUCCUGUCACGAAACGUCCUAUAGUUAAACAUGAAUCUCGUCAAGAAUCACUCAGCAGCCGCAUGGUGAAUACUAGUUCAACAAAAUGGCGUCGAGUUGGCUUUAUAUCCGGACGAAAUGUUCACUUGGAUACUAUUGUAUGGCCUAGUGGUGAUAUAGUGGUGACAGGGUUAUUAUCGAAGGCACGCUCUGUGUUUCGAGUGGUUGUGGCUGUAGCACCUCCCUUUGUUAUGGAAACAGAACUUGGUGAUCGAGAGCAGUGUCUACGCGGACUUUUGUGUUACAAAGUGUACAUUACAGGAAGGCAAAACCUCACGAAGAUGUUCAACAAGAUUGAAAUACAAAAACGCCGAAAAGAUCUGGGAGAGGAAAUAGAACCAGAUGAUGAAAGGUCUAAAAGAUACAUUUAUAGCGCUAGAUGUUGCUACGGGCUAUCAAUGGAUUUGUUACAAAAGGUUGCAUCAGACCUAGGGUUUGAAUUCGAUCUCUAUAUUGUUCAUGAUGGAUUAUUUGGACGUAGAACUUCAAUGAAGAGCGGUUAUCAAACCACACAACCGAAAAAGGAUGUAAACAGAAGAGUAGAAUUGUCUAAAUUCGAUGCACAAUCUGGUAGAAGUUUAAAGCGUGGCUCUAAGUUGUCGCAGAUUAUCGAAUUGAGUUUAAAUCCACCAAAAGUCGUAACAGAUCCACCAUUAAAGAUUGUACCGCUGUCCAAGAUGCCGAAAAUUCAAUGGAAUGGAAUCAUUGGUGAUCUUGUUACUGGAAGCGCUGACAUUACUUUUGCACCGUUGAGUGUUUCGCGGGAGCGGGCUCAAGUAAUAGAUUUUAGCAUUCCCUUUUUCCACGGUGGUGUGUCUUUGCUGGCAGCACCUCAAACAAAUCCGGACGUACCAUUAUUAGCAUUUCUGUUACCAUUUUCUCCGGAACUGUGGAUCGCUAUCUUUACUUCACUGAAUGUUACUGCCAUCGCUGUCGCCAUCUACGAGUGGUUGAGUCCAUUCGGGCUAAAUCCCUGGGGAAGACAGAGAAGCAAAAAUUUCAGUAUGUCGUCUGCAUUGUGGGUGAUGUGGGGCUUGCUAUGUGGACAUCUAGUUGCGUUCAAAGCUCCAAAGUCAUGGCCGAAUAAGUUUCUUAUCAAUGUCUGGGGUGGGUUCAGUGUUAUUUUCGUGGCAUCAUACACUGCCAACAUUGCAGCUCUUAUAGCAGGCCUAUUUUUUCACAAUGAAGCAGGAAGCUACAGUGGACCGUUAUUAAAACAACGUAUUGGUGCACCGGUUGCAACCGCCACAGAGUACUAUGUCCAACAAAGCGAUAAAAUUUUGUGGGAGCAUAUGAAGAAAUACCAACUUACUAAUAUUGAAGAAGGCAUCGAAAGGUUGAAAAAUGGAACUAUUGAUCUGUUGAUGGCAGAUUCACCAAUACUAGACUAUUAUCGAGCAACUGAUCAAGGAUGUUCAUUCCAAAAAGUUGGCGAUACAUAUGUAGAUGAUUCAUACGCAAUAGGAAUGACGAAAGGGUUUCCGUUAAAGGAGACUAUUUCGGCAUUGAUAUCCAAAUAUUCUAGUGACGGAUAUUUGGAUAUCCUAACAGCCAAAUGGUACGGAAGUUUGGCCUGCUUCAAACUCGAUCGCGAUAUCGGCCAACCGAAGCCAUUGGGAGUAGCUGCCGUGGCAGGGGUGUUUUUACUACUGGGACUGGGAAUGAUACUAGGACUUUUAAUUUUAAUUUUUGAGCAUUUGUUCUACAAGUAUACACUGCCUAUACUGCGACAUCAACCCAAGAAUACUAUAUGGAGAAGCCGGAACAUUAUGUUCUUUAGUCAAAAGCUAUAUCGCUUCAUCAACUGCGUGGAGCUUGUAUCGCCUCAUCACGCCGCUAAAGAGCUGGUGCAUACUAUUCGGCAGGGCCAAAUAACCAGCUUAUUCCAGAAAAGUAUCAAGCGGAAGGAGGACGAACAGAGAAGACGUCGUAAGAGUAAAGCACAGUUUUUCGAUAUGAUUCAGGAAAUCAGAAGAAAUAUGUACUUAAACAGAGUUCAGCAACAAGAGCGAGACACAUUACAUCAAACACUAACUAAAGAUGCUAUACCGGAAGCGUCUCCUAGCAAAUCCAGCACUCCAGCCAAAAAAAUAAAAAGCAGUCCCAGGAUGAGCAUAUUUGGGUUAGGACGGCAUAACUCGAAUCCUUCAACACUGAAUGUAAGACGAUUUAGUACUGAUAGUAUACUGAGUGAGCGAUUGGAUUCAAUUGGGAGGCGUUUGAGUAGAGACAUAACUAACUCGCCUCCAGAUCUCACGCAUAGAUUUGAAACGUUUGGUAAGCUAAAAGAUGGAGACGGAAAAUUCGACACAUACUCGGGGAAAGAUACGAAAGAAGCAGUAGCGUCAAAUAAAUUUGAUACGUUUAGUGGAAAAAUUGAAAAUAGUCAACCUGAGGAGAAGCCACCUGCAUUACCCAUUAAAAAAGGGAAACAAAAUAGAAGAUCGCCACUCAAUCCUGAGCUGUACGUAAAAAAUAAAAAAUAUUCCAGAGAUGAAAGUCGUAAAUUAAUACCAAUAAGUGAGAGAGUUGCUCAUGGCCUUGCUCCUCCCUUUAUUGAAUCCGAUACCAGUAGUGCUCUUUUGCGAGAUAAAUUACAUGAGGAACUACGUGAGAAACAUGCCUCUCAUGGAUUUAAUCAAAGUAUCCUAAAAUCAGUCAAUCAGAGUAGCGAUAUUAAGUCAUCAAUUGAUGUCACAAACGAAAACAAUAGACAAGGUAAAGUACCUCGACAAAGGAUUAAGGGCAAUAAUCAUGCUAAACGACGUACGGUAGAUGGUUGUACACCGGAUUUUUCUCAAAGUGCUAAAUUAAUUUAAAUUUGUAAUUUUCACAGGGAAGACACGAACACAGCAUGCUUGAACAUUAUUAUCAGAUUAAGAUUUUUUUCAUUUAAUUAUAUGGUGAUCACCACGAAUCAUAAUCCUGCAUUAUGUACCUCAAAAUUAUUCUAUUAAAUUCUCUAUGAAUCACGCCACACAAUACCGAUGAGAUUUUGUAGGGACCAAGUUUGAAAUAUUUUCGGGAAUUUUUACGACAAUUUGACCAAGAAUUUCUAUGGGAUUUACAGUUACAGUAGAAGUUCUGUAAGUCAAGAAAUUGUUCAGAGGAAAAUCCUCCAGGAUUGUUCUGACGAUGCUUCUCACGAUUUCAUUUAACGAUUGCUAUAAGACUUCCACGAAAUCCAGAUACUUCCUGGUGUAUAGGUACAGUAAAAUUAUUUGCCGAGAGUUUCUUAUUAUAUCCAUCCAAAGCUUAUUUGAGGCUUUCCUUAGCCUAGUGGUAACGUCCGCGGCUACAAAGCAAAGCCGUGCUGAAGGUGUUUGAGUUCUGUGUAAAGCAAAGUAUG